UGACGUCACCCCGAGUGCGAGGAGGAAGCGGAGCGUUCCGGUGAAGGUGAAGGCGAAGUCGAGCCAGACUGUUGCACGCUGGGGACGGGCCGUACGUUAGAAAAACUAAAGAAUUUGGGCGCCGACUUUCUGCUCUGAGGGGAAUAUUGUCUCUUUUUUGUUGUUUCUGCCAUGGCUGAUGGCAAUGAGUCGUCCUCAGCGGACGUAGCAAAUCGAUUUGCCCGAAAAGGUGCGCUGAGGCAGAAAAACGUCCACGAAGUGAAGAACCACAAAUUUAUUGCAAGGUUUUUCAAGCAGCCGACUUUCUGCAGCCACUGCACGGACUUCAUAUGGGGCUUUGGAAAACAGGGAUUCCAGUGCCAAGUGUGCUGCUUUGUGGUCCAUAAGCGCUGCCAUGAGUUCGUCACGUUCUCCUGCCCUGGGGCGGACAAAGGACCUGAUACAGAUGAUCCCAGGAGCAAGCACAAAUUUAAGAUCCACACGUAUGGCAGCCCCACCUUUUGUGACCAUUGCGGCUCCCUGCUCUAUGGCCUUCUGCACCAGGGCAUGAAAUGUGACACCUGCGAUAUGAACGUCCAUAAGCAGUGUGUGCUCAACGUGCCAAGCCUGUGUGGAACAGACCACACUGAGAGGCGAGGGCGACUCUACCUGAAGAUCGAGGUGAGCGGAGACGAACUCCAUGUCUCAGUGGGCGAGGCGAGGAACCUGAUUCCAAUGGACCCCAAUGGCCUAUCCGACCCGUAUGUGAAGCUGAAGCUCAUCCCAGACCCCAAAAGUGAGACGAAGAAGAAGACCAGAACCAUCCGCUCCUCACUCAACCCCACCUGGAACGAGACCUUCAAGUUUAAGCUGAGGCCCACAGAUAAGGACCGAAGGCUCUCUGUGGAGGUCUGGGAUUGGGACCGAACCACUAGGAAUGACUUCAUGGGAGCGAUGUCUUUCGGAGUUUCAGAGCUAAUUAAAGCUCCAGUGUGUGGAUGGUAUAAGAUGCUGAACCAAGAAGAGGGAGAGUAUUACAACGUGCCCAUCCCAGAGGAGGAUGAUGGGAAUGUGGAGCUCAGGCAGAAGUUUGAGGAUCAGACAUUAGAAGACGUUAAACAGAAAGCCAAGCUGGGCCCUGGGAAGAAGGCCGUCAGCCCCCUGGAUGACAGCAGGUCCACCCUCCCCUCCAGCAGCCUGGACCGGGUCAAGCUCGCCGACUUUCACUUCCUGGCCGUGCUGGGCAAAGGGAGCUUUGGGAAGGUGAUGCUAGCGGAGAUGAAGGGCACCGAGGAGCUGUACGCCAUAAAGAUCCUGAAGAAGGACGUGGUGAUCCAGGAUGAUGACGUGGAGUGCACCAUGGUGGAGAAGAGGGUUCUUGCCCAGCAGGACAAACCUCCCUUCCUCACUCAGCUCCACUCCUGCUUCCAGACAGUGGAUCGUCUCUAUUUCGUGAUGGAGUAUGUGAAUGGUGGUGACCUCAUGUAUCACAUUCAGCAAGUGGGCAAAUUUAAGGAACCCCAGGCAGUGUUCUAUGCAGCGGAGAUUGCUGUCGGCCUGUACUUUCUGCACAGGAAAGGAAUCAUAUACAGAGACCUAAAGCUGGACAACGUGAUGCUGGACGCCGAGGGCCACAUUAAGAUCGCCGACUUCGGCAUGUGCAAGGAGAACAUGCUCGACGGGGUCUCCACACGCACGUUCUGCGGAACGCCUGACUACAUCGCCCCGGAGAUCAUAGCUUACCAGCCAUACAGUCGCUCUGUAGACUGGUGGGCAUUCGGUGUGCUUCUUUACGAGAUGUUGGCUGGACAGCCACCGUUCGAUGGUGAGGACGAGGACGAGCUCUUCCAGUCCAUCAUGGAGCACAACGUGUCCUACCCCAAGGCCUUGUCCAAAGAGGCUGUUUCUAUCUGCAAAGGGCUGAUGACGAAGCACCCGACGAAGCGGCUGGGCUGCGGACCGGAGGGGGAACGGGACAUCCGCGAGCACGCCUUCUUCCGCCGCAUCGACUGGGAGCGCCUGGAGAACCGUGAGAUACAGCCGCCAUUCAAGCCCAAAGUGUGUGGAAAGGCAGCCGAGAACUUCGACAAGUUCUUCACACGCACGCAGCCCCAGCUCACUCCACCAGACGAGCUCGUCAUUGCCAACAUCGACCAGGCCGAGUUUGCCGGCUUCUCCUUCAUCAACCUGCAGUUCGUCCACCCCUCCCUCACCAACUCUGCAUGAACAAGGGAUGAGGUGGAAUGUCAGAGCAGCUCUGGCUCCGCCUCUCAGCCAGCAUCCUCUGCAGACUCGCCAUCAACACCUCUACCUAACCCCACCCACCUCUGCUAACCCCGCCCACCUCUACCUAACUCCACCCACCUGUUCUAUCUUUAUGUUCUAGAAUUUGAAGACUUCUGCAGGUUCAAUGCUUCAGUUUUUAGGCCAGUCAAAGAGUUUACCUUAGCACAAAGAUAACAUUCGGUUCGUGUUUCCUAGUGUGGGUGUUUACAUUAAAGACCAACCACAUAGUCAUAAUCACAUUGAGGUUUUAGCUCCAGGCACUAAAUGUGAAGCCAUGUUGGCUCUCUGAGGCCAUCUUGGCUCAAGCUUCUGCAUUGUAACAAAGCAAGAUCUCCCUGCCCGCUGUCUCCUUGCAGCAGUUGCCAUAAAAGCCUAUAAUAAAUACUGAAAGCCGUGCUUCCUGGUGUUCCUAACGUAACCCGAGGCAGUCUUCCUGAUCAGGAGGCACAGAGUAGAGGGACAAACCAGCAGGCUUCUGAAGUCCUUUCCACGAUUUGUUCGCAAGGAUUGCGUGGCCCGCCAAUGACCCCAGACAUCUGUCAUAAAAAUGACCGACUGGUGGCGGAAAACCUGCUGUGAGUUAGAGUGGUCUUGACGAGACGGCUUUGCCUGCAGAGAAUCUCCAGCUGGCUGGACGUGAGGCUGAUUUCUGCUCAUUAGCAGAAAUCCAAACCUAACACACACCUUUUAUGAUGUGGUUAAACAUGUCCACAACAUCACUUCACUUUGGGCCAGAUUAACCAACCCAGAUUAAGCCUAAUUGAAUGGGAGAAAAAAGAAUCUAAUUUACAGUAUAAUUUACAGCACAGGAGUAAAUCUGAAUGUAAUUGUGAGCCAUAGCCAAGAAGGCAUAAACUUAGUUUGAGUUUUAAAAAAAACAUUAUCUUUAGAAUUUUUUUUUAGAAGUCUUUAGAAGAAUGUGCGUCUGUAUAAAUCCCUUGUCUUGUUGCCAAAAGAUGAAGAAAGGCACAUCAGUACAACUUUUGUUAGUUACACAGAGCCUUUUAUUUUGUCUUUGUUGGACAAACGGCUGCACUUUCACUACAGAAACAUCAAAGCUAACUCGCAGACAAGCUAGCAUAAUGCCAGUCUGUAUACCAGUUUAGUAAUGAUCGUAGUGUCUAGUUUACUUGUACACAUCAACGCACUACCCUACGGGCAUUCCUUAGGACAAACAUUCAUCGCAUCUUUGUUGUCUGAACUGUUGUGGUAAAACUCUGAAAGCGUUCUUCUGUAUUAUUCUAACAUGAAUGCCAGUUAAUGUGCUCGUGUGGUAUGCAGAUACACAUGCAAAGUAAUUUCAGAAUUCAUUGAGAAUACUUUUAACUUGCCCUCUGUCUACCAGCUUUGGGCAUUUUCAAAAACAAGUGUUCAACACUGUUGACUUCCUUCUCAUAACAGCAAGAAAAACCUCUGUUUGCCGAGCACAAACUACAUUUUUGCAGAAUUGAUUUGUCUUCUUCAUAGGGGUGUGUCGCAUGCGCCUACAUUUGAAUAAUGCCAUAUUAAAGAGUAUUAUGUUGUUUGACAAUGAGGCUACAUAUGUGCUGUUUUCUGAAAUCAUCUUAAUAUCAUUAUUUUAAAUCUAUUUGCAUAAUUUUCCUAAAGCAAUGUCACGUGUGUUCUUAUUUUGACCUACAAAUGAUUUAUCUUGCAAUGUACUAUUGAUUUUGUAAAUAGUCGUAGGUUAUUUUCCAAAGAGAAUAACAAGUUGAAAUUUUUAUAUCAGCCACUAAACGUCCUUUGGACACUGAGCUGAGGUGGAGAGUCCGAAGGGUUGGGGCUCUGUAGGGUUACGGAGUUUACAGGAGUUUGAAUCAGCUUGUGUUAACUCUGAGAUUUAUCUUAAUUAUCGGGAUGUUCUACACACCAUUUUAUUUCAUCUUAGGUCCUAACUUACUUUUAACCAUCUCUCAUAAAUGUUUACUUGUUAAUUGAACUCGUACUACUUCUACAUAUGUGCAAGCUGUUAAGAAUAUGAUUGUGCAUUUUGCGUGAGUGCAGUUUCGUUCUAUUUGCAAUGAAUUCCAGAACAGCUAUAAUUACAUAAAAGGUAUUAUACUAGAAGUAAGUUUGUGAAGACAUUUGAUGUAAUUGGAGCUAAAUUUCCCAUUCUUCCAACCGUAUCUUCCACGGGCUAUAAAGUACGAGCUGAUUGAAUGCUGUGGCUGUAAAAUAUGAGCUGAUUGGCUGUGGUGUGGUCCUUAGUCUGCAUGUUAUUGGUUAGGCAGUAUGUGUGCACAGGGAAACAUGCCUAAACUCUUAAUAUAUACAGUAUGCAUGAUGAUACAAGCAUUCCAGGUCUCACAGCAUGGAAUUAAUGUGGGACAAAAAAAUGGGUGGGAUGUUUUUUCCUCUGAUACUCAUAUUAGCAAUCCAGAAUUUCUGUGUGUGCUGUUUUUUGUGUGUUAUGUGUCAGAGGUGACAUUUUUACAGUAUGUCCUUUGACCAUUGCCAAUAUCUAAUUUUUGAUCAAUAACUAAGUUUUUUUGUUUGUUUGUUUGUUUAAUCCGGAUCAAACAACAGAACUAGAGCUGGAGUCAGAUUGGUUAGUCCAGUAGAGCUCAUCAUACACCAGUUUCAGUGUCAUACUGUGGAUUUCAGCAGUUUUCUGUGUGCACAGUGUAGUUGGUUUGCUGGUUUAGGUGACCAGCGAUAACCUCAUGUAUGCGCAGAUCCUGAAGUUGCACCAGUUUCAGAAGAUCAAUGCGUGAUGUUUUCCGCUUACACAUCCUGGAAACUGGUUGGCCUCCACUUGGUGUUCCCGAUCCUUUGCCACCUGUAGCCCAUAACCUGUGCCAAGCCCAUAACGAGCCAUGCCCAGUGUUGUACUGACAGCACAGUCACCACAAAGGUUGCGUUUACUUAUGAACAUGUUUACUAACAGCAGGCUCGUGUGUGUGUGUGUGUGUGUGUGUGUGUGUGUGUGUGUGUGUGUGGAACAGUUGCAUAACCCUUUUUAGGUUCAUUUGGUGCCACUCGCAUUACUCCGUCUGCGAUUUUGACAUGACCCUGUUUUGUCUUACCUUUUCAUCCAGUGACAGACAUGUGGAUCUUUCUUCCUCGUUAAUUCUAGGUGUGUCUGUGUUUGUGCAUGUGCACGGCUGUUUGUGUGUGCGCGCGCGCAUGCGCGUAUGUGUGUGUUUCGGUGCUAGAGCUUCUGUUUUUUUCCUCAGGCUUUUUGCCUCUCUCCUCUCUCCCCUCCAGCUAUUGUACAAAACCCAAUCAAUCUAUUCCACCACAAAUCUCUCUCUCUCUCUCUCUCAGUCACUCUCUCUCACAUGCUCUUAAAGUCCUUAUUUCGCUUGGCUUCUCUCUUUCACAUUUUGCAAACAUACUUGAUUGGACAGGUGAAGUCUAAUAGCAAAAUUCACACUGGGCAAUGGCUCCGCCCCUCUUCCUGCUCGUCAUUUGCGAUGAUUGUUUAGCUGAGAAAGAAGGACAGCUCUUAAUGCUAACGACUAGCCAAUGAUAGUUUACGCGGAUGUCUUCUACACGUGGAGGUGGAGUCCUUUUCCAUCCACUCGUCUUUCCUUCUCUUUCUCUGCGAAGUGAUCUGUCUGUUUGUGUUUUGGUUUCCGGUGGGUUCUGGGGAGACACAGCAGUCCGAACAAGGUCGGAGUGUUUUCGUUUGUUUCGUUUCCAUCCUAGGAUCAACAAUGCCUUAGGGUUCUUACCGUCUCCCUGUUAUAACAGCCCUUUUCAAGUCUCUUGAGCCUGCAUCUCUGUCCCUGUACAUACUGAUGUAGAAGCCUAUAAAAGAACUACUAUAUUGCAUUUUGUAAUAGUGCAUCUCAGUCCAGCCUCUAUUUUCCUAGCCGAGUCCACGCUUUACCAUGUAACCAAUGCCAUUUGUACCUACUGUAUGAUAAUGCAAAUAAAGGAAGAAAAAAAGGA